AUGCCGCCAAGCUGCUGCCACGUCAACGACGAUGUCAAGCGUCUGUACCUGCUCGGCGACUGCUUGCCGCUCGAACAGACCAAGACAGAGACGGUCUUGGACCGCGCGGUCCGCCUCUUGGAGCUUGUGCCGGAAGCGCAUCGGUGGUUUGCUUCGCAGGCCGGUCUCGCCUCGGACGCUGGCGACGGCGCGCUCACCGUCGUUUGGGCCUCGGACGUCCACAAGCAGCUGCUCUUGGUCCGCGGCAAGCUCGCGUCGCCCGAGCACAGUCUGGCCAUAGGGUCGCCCGAGGUGGUCUCGCUGCUGCUUACGCACCUUGCGUCCCUGCCCAACGAGCUUCUUCGUGCUGCAGAGUGUGGCAAGUUGGCUGACGUCCAAGUCUAUCUCAACAAAGGCGUCAACGUCAACUGCACGAACGACUAUGGUCAAACGCCACUGCACCAUGCUGCUACCUAUGGUUGUGUGGACGUCGCCCGCCUCUUGCUUGAGAAAGGCGCCAAUGUGGAAGCGUCCAAUGCGAAUGGCUCAACACCACUGUACAUGGCCGCUCAAGCCAACAAACCAGAAAUGGUCCAACUGCUCUUGGAAAAAGGCGCCGAAAUCGAUGCCAAAAACAACGGGGGCGAAACGCCGCUUGAGGUCGCAGAAGCACGUGGUUCGAAUGAUCCCGUCGCAACGCUUUUACGCGACUAUCCUCGCAUGCAAGGCGAGAAGCUCUGUGAUGCACUGCGCGAGAAGCGCAUUGAUGACGUCAUGCGCAUUCUCGAAAACAACUUUCUCCACGUCAACCUCCGUGACAGCAUGUGA